ACUGAUUUUGUUUCUUUUGAUUACUUUUCUCCACAAACCCUUUUCUUGCUUGCAUUUCCAUCAUCACUCAUAAUACCUUCCCCAAAAAAAUAUACUUUCCACAAAUCCCUCUCUCCAAAAGAAAACCCCUGUUUCCGGCGAGCAAUUUGUGACCGAGUUUGUAUGAUCGGAUGGGAAGGCAGCCGUGUUGCGACAAGCUCGGGGUAAAGAAGGGGCCAUGGACCGCCGACGAAGACAGGAAGCUGGUCAACUUCAUCGUCACCCAGGGCCAAUGCUGCUGGCGCGCCGUCCCCAAGCUCGCCGGCCUCCGCCGCUGCGGGAAGAGUUGCCGCCUCCGGUGGACGAACUACCUCCGCCCGGACCUCAAGCGCGGCCUCCUCAACGACGCCGAGGAACAGCUCGUCAUUCAGCUCCACUCCCGCCUCGGCAACAGGAGAUGGUCGAAAAUUGCGGCGGAAUUGCCCGGAAGGACAGACAACGAGAUCAAGAACCACUGGAACACCCACAUCAAGAAGAAGCUGAUCAAGAUGGGGAUCGAUCCCGUCACCCACCGUCCGCUCGAUGAUCAGGAGAAGCAAUCCAGCGGCGGAACAGAGUCCGAAAAUAGUGCUCUGCUGCCGAAAGGGAGUCACUGUAGCAGCGAGAACAAUUCGAUCGACGACGACGAAUCUCGGCCGUUGGAUCCCAACCCAACGAGCGAGCAGUUGCUGGGUUGGUCAUCGGCCCCGUUGGAUGAGGUGGAAUUCCCCAACCAUAUCGAAUCGACCUGGAAUUCCUGCCUGACGACGGCGGUGACGGCGGCUGUGGGUUCUGGGUGCAGGGGAGACGGAUAUUCGGAUCGGGUAAUGUUGGAACCGGAACCCGAUUGGGGCUGGCCGGCGGGUUUGGAGUUCAAGAUGAAGGAUCCGAUUGGGGACGAGCUGGGUUUUCUGAAUGGGUUCAGCUUCAGUGAGAUGGACUUGAGCUUGACGGAGCUGGGUGAGAUCAGUUGAUGAUUACGGCUGUGUAUAUAGUUAAUUUACCUUGAUCACUACGUAAUUAAUUACUUUCAGAACAUUUUCCCCAUCGGAUUCUGCCUUGGGAAAUAAGUUAUAAGCAAACGAGAGAGUGAGGGUGAGAGAGUUGGUGGCCUGUCAUGGUAGUCCAAACUGUGAAGAAAAUCUUUUUGUUGUUCUUCUUCUUCGUUAAAACCUUGUCUUAUGUUCGAUGUAUAGAUGUUUGAAGGUUAUUGGGAUUGGACAUGGAUAAUCACUUUCCUUGCGUAAUAAUAAACAUGUUGAAAGGAAGUUGCAUCAGGGAUGA